AGUCCACUCAACCCAAAGCUGUGAAUUAUAGAUUCUUUAUAGACAGUCGGCCGGCAGCCUUCGGUAGUAGAAUUGGAAGAAAAAGAAGCCACCGCUUUGUGGAAACAGUAGCCGUCGAUCGAGUUUUUUUUUUCGGGUGGAAAAAGAAAAGCUAUGGCAUUGAACGGUGGUCUUAGAUCGGCUUCGAAGUUUCUGACUUCGUCCUCUCAAUCUCUUAUCCACAAGUCAGGCAAUAGAGGGUUUCAUUCAACUGGAGUGAAGAGGAUGGGAGGAGGGCAUGGGCAUGAUGAACCAUAUUACCUCCAUGCUAAGCAUAUGUACAACUUGGAUAGGAUGAAAAAUCAGAAGCUGACAAUGUCGCUUGGAGUUUUGACAGCCUUCAGCAUUGGCGUGUUUGUUCCCAUCUAUGCUGUCAUUUUCCAGCAGAAAAAGACUGCAUCUGGUUGAUUUUUUGUGCUUGCCUUCAUGGCGGUAUGGCUGCCUGCAAUAAUGGAAGCAACUGCCUUUGUGAUCUUCAGCUUUUGAACCGAUGUAGUUUGAUGAUUAUGAUGAUACUUGCAGGAUUUUAGUAUUUCUGUUGGCAAUCACCUGUUGUUAAUUAUGGGAAUUGAUUAUUUGAUAAUAAUAAUAAACAAUAUAUUUGAUUUUGCA